UCCUUUUAGGUUUUCAGUGAUUGCUGAAUAGAAUCAGGGAUGUAUAAGUUGUGAUAAGUAAGUAACUGAAGGGCAGGAAGUCAAUGAAACAUCCCAUGAAAGUCGCCUCGUGCAGUAAUUGAGGAUAUCUAUAAAAGUUUAAAGAAAUCACAGUAAAGGCGAGCCUACGGCCGGAAUACUACAUUUCCCAUAAAUCUCUAGGAGCCUACAACUCCCAAGCACCCCCUCGGCCGUUGACGUCUUCCGGAAACGUGCACGUGCAGGCUGCCGGCAUACGUCAUGGCGGCCAGAUGCCUCUUCGGUGCCACCCGGAGCUGGGCCGGUUGGUGGGCCUGGGAGCUCCCGGACCCCGCCGCUCCUGUAAGACUCCAUGUACGAGGCUAUGCCAAGAGACCGGUCAUUAAGGGGGGCAAAGGCGGCAAAGGCGCUGUGGUCGGUGAGGCCCUGAAGGACCCGGAGGUGUGUACAGACCCCGUCCGGCUCACCACGCACGCCAUGGGUGUCAACAUCUACAAGGAGGGCCAGGAUGUGGUCCUGAAGCCGGACUCCGAGUACCCAGAGUGGCUGUUCCAGAUGAACGUGGGCCCUCCCAAGACGCUGGAGGAGCUGGACCCUGAGACCCGGGAGUACUGGCGGCUGCUGCGGAAACACAACAUAUGGCGCCACAACCGGCUGAGCAAGAAUCAGAAGUUCUAGCGGGGAAGGGGCCAAAGCACCCUGACCCUUGGAGGACCUGGAGGAGGUGGCGUGGGUGGCGGUGUACCUCCCCCAGCUCACCCCCUGGACUUUUUAUUUUCUGGAGAAACAGACUUUUCCGAGAACAAAGGAGACCCCCUCACCAGGGUUACUGGAUGUCCCCUGCAGUGAGGCUGAAUCAGGGCCCUGGGGCCCAAUAAAGACUUCUUGGGGCAAUUGUUGGCAGCCCCGGAUACCACUGGGUGUUGUCUACUGUCAGGGCCAGGAGGGACUUGGGGCAGGCAGUGGGGAGUGGUUCCAUGGCCCAGCCACCACGCUCAGUGAUUGGCGGGGAAUCUGCAGGUCCAUCUUCACCUCCCGGCCUCACUGAGCUUCUCACCCUGUUUCCUGGAAUUCCUAGCAUUGCCCAAGAGGCCCCAACCCCUAUCCUCAGGGGAGAGGUUUUUCUAGCCAAGGCUCUCUGAGUUGCAGUGGACUCACACCUGAGCCAAGUCAUGACUUGUGAGCUUCAGGAAGUGAAAUAGCCAGGGGUAGGGUCUGGACUUCAGGCAUGGCUGGAUCCAGGUGCUUCAGUAUUCAGCUAUGUGGCUCUCUCCAUCUCUGGGUCCUUUUAACUCCAGUACAUAGUUCCCUCAGGCAGGGCUGGCUCCAGGGCUUCUGGCUGACAUCCCCCUACCCAGUUCAGCAAGCCCAGCCAGAGGGAAGGGACUUCUCGUUCCUUCCUGCCAGGGUCACAGGGGUUAUCUUCAUUGGCCAAUCACUUGAGCUGAGGGACCUGGGCCUACCCACCAUCCUGCUGUCCAUCCACACUGGUGCCCCCCAGAUUGGAGAAAGCUGGAGGGGACACACACACACGGUGCCAGGGCCACACUGCCUGGGGGGCUGGACCGGGGCGCUCUCACCCUCCAAGCUCCUCCAGCUGGACGGGUGGGGCAGGGCAGGGUCUCCAAGGCUAAUUCUGUCUGGUCACAGGAAAAUGAGAGCCCUCAUCCUCUUAGGAGGACUCUGCCGGGCGGAUUACCGCACACCUGCCCUCCCUGCUGGCCUGAUCUGGGCAGGCGGAUCAUCCCAUCCCUCACAUGGUUCCCCAUGGCUCUCAGCGUAAAAACUGAAGUUGUGACGGCCGUGGGCCUUCUCACUCUUCCUCCAACACGCAGCCAUGGUGCUGCCCCAGGGCCUUUGCACAGGCUGUGCCCUCUGCCUGGGUUGCUUCCCCCCGAGGUGUCCUCAAGGCUCCCUCUUUCACCUCCAGGCCUCUGCUCUGAUGUCACCUUCUCCUGAGGCCUCCCCUA